AUGACGGUUAUAUACUUUGAAUCUGUUCAUUUGUUUGAACAUGAUAGUUAUCCAGGAUUCAUUAAAAAUGAUGGAGUUUUAACAUUCUCUAAGACGCAAUAUCUAAGAGAAAUAUGUGUGCGGGAAUUCACUUUGAGUGGCUGUGACAUCUAUGUUAUCAAAGAAAAUGCUCUCAGCAGUAAAGUUUGGGAAAGAUGUCUUGUCAAAUUGGAUUUAUCUUUUAACCCAUUUCUUGGCACAAGAAUGGCAUUUAUUCGAUUACUUAAUUUUAAAAAUAUCGAAAUCGUUAUUAUGGAUGGGACGAUGGAACGUUGUUUUUCCAAGAGUGGUGUAGAUGAUUCGGAUGAUAAUGAGUUUACCAACGCUGUUGCUACAACAUCCAUACAACUGUUUUCUGCCGAAGAAACCUGA